AUGGCGUGUGGGAGACGGAGCGGAGACAGCAAGAGGCGAGUGAUCUUGUUUAUUCUGUGCGUUUGCGUGUGUCAGAGCGGGGCCGAAACCCUCCGCUAUUCUCUGGCGGAGGAAAUGGAGAAGGACUCCUUUGUCGCCAAUAUUGCAAAGGAUCUGGGGGUUUCUCCGAGCCAGCUCGCGGCUCGCAAGGCCCGCGUUGUGUCCGAGGGGAACGAGCAGCUUUUCCGCCUCAAUCAAAACACCGGAGUCCUGACGGCAAAGGAAUCGCUGGACCGAGAGGAGAUCUGCCCGCAGAGCGAUACCUGCACACUCUUUUUUAAGAUAUUCUUUGAAAAUCCCUUGCAGCUGAUCCGAGGGGAGGUGGAGGUUCGUGACGUGAACGACAACUCCCCCGUGUUCCCGGAGAAGGAGAUGGUUUUAGAGAUUCUGGAAACGACAUCUCCCGGGUCCCGUUUCCCUCUGGAAAGCGCCCAGGACAAGGACGUGGGCAGCAACGGCUUGCAGAACUACAGCCUUGGGUCCAAUUCGCAUUUCUCCCUCGCUCUCGGAACAGGGAAAGGUGGAGCAAAAUACGCGGAGCUCGUCCUAGAGCGGCAGUUGGACCGCGAAGAGCAGCGACAGCUGAAUUUACUCCUCACCGCCACCGACGGGGGCUCGCCACCCAGGUCGGGCACGGCUCAGGUACGGAUCGUGGUGCUGGAUGCCAAUGACAACAUCCCAGUCUUCGGCCGGGAGGUCUACGAGGUGCGCCUGGCCGAGAACAGUCCCGCGAAGCAGCUGGUGGUCAGAGUCGCGGCCGCGGAUCCCGACGAAGGGUCCAACGGGAAGGUGCGGUACGCCUUCACCCAGACAUCGGAGCGGUCCCGGCAGCUCUUCGAGCUGAACCCUGCCACUGGGGAGAUACGGGUCGCGGGCAACCUGGACUUCGAGGAAGCGGAAAACCACGAGAUGGUGGUGAGAGCCACCGACGGCGGAGGGUUGUCUGCGCAUUGCAAAGUGCAGGUGGAGGUCCUGGACGUGAAUGACAACGCCCCGGAGAUAGCGCUCACCUCCCUCACCGCCUCCAUUCCUGAGGACGCCCCGCCCCGGACCGUGGUGGCCCUGUUCAGUGUGCGGGACCGGGACUCCGGGGAAAACGGCAGGACGGAGUGCGCCAUCGACGGGGACUUGCCCUUCAGUCUUACCCCCACUUUUGAUAAUUACUACGAACUGAGAACAAACGCGGCGCUGGACAGGGAGAGGACGGCGGAGUAUAACAUCACCAUCACAGCCAUGGACUGGGGGACGACGCGGCUGAGCUCUCGGGAAAGCAUCUUCGUGCAGAUAUCGGACGUGAACGACAAUCCCCCCGAGUUUACCCAGGAGAUUUACACCAUGUCGGUCACGGAGAACAACAGCGCCAUGCUCCGGAUCGGUAGCGUGAACGCCACGGACGUCGACGCGGGAAAAAACGCCCGCGUAAACUACGCGCUGGUGCGGCAGGAGGGCAAGGAGCAGCCCGACGUGUCGGUCAACUCUGAAAACGGGGACGUUUACAUCCUCCGCCCGCUGGACUACGAGGAGGUGCGCGCCUUCGAGGUGGCGGCUGCCACGGAGAGCAACGCGGGCUCCCUGCCCCGCAGCUACGUGUACGACGUCUGCUUCGCCGCCGGGACCGUCAACAGCGAGUUUCGGUUCCUCAGGCCCCUCUUCCCCUGCUUACCCGCUGGGCUGCCCCCCGGCCCGGGCGAACAGCGGAGCUCAGUGUGCUCGCAAGACGCAGCCAACCUCGGGGAAGAAGGCAACUGGGCUGUACAGGUGAGGGACGUGGCCGGGCCGAGGCGAAGGGGGGAGCGGGUAGGGAGCAGCGCGGGGCGGGGGAUGUGCUCACCCCUGGCAUUAAAGGCUACCGAUGUUGCGGAGCGGGUGGUGGAGGAGCCACUGGGGCGAGAGAGGAGGGUAGAGAGGGUCUCAGAGCCGCUGGCGGGGGCCUCCCACGAGGAUCCGGCACGGCUCAGCUGCUCCCCAAGGGCUGACUAA